UCAGAACAAAAUUAGAACCAAAAAGUUAUAGUGAUUAUUUAGGGAAUGUUUAUUUUUAAGGAUGAGUCACUGUCCGUCAGUGACUGACGUUCAAUUUUGACAUUUGUAGAUGUCACUAGAAAAAGCGGAUAAAAGGUGUGAGAAGAAUAUUUUUUUAUUUAAAAAUGGAACAGUAUGAUGUAAUUUUGAAUCAACCCGUUGUAAUAGACAAUGGUACUGGAGUGAUUAAAGCUGGGUUUGCUGGUGAUCAAAUACCAAAAUGCAGAUUUGCGAACUAUGUUGGAAGACCAAAACAUGUUCGUGUAAUGGCAGGAGCAUUGGAAGGGGAUAUUUUUAUUGGCCCGAAAGCUGAAGAACACAGAGGUCUAUUAUCUAUCAAAUACCCAAUGGAACAUGGGAUUGUGACUGACUGGAAUGACAUGGAAAAAAUCUGGAACUAUGUGUAUUCAAAAGAUCAGUUGUCAACUUUCCCUGAAGAACAUCCGGUGCUUUUAACAGAGGCACCCUUAAACCCAAGACCUAAUAGAGAAAAAGCUGCUGAAAUACUGUUUGAGACUUUCAAUGUACCUGCAUUGUUUAUAUCCAUGCAAGCUGUGCUUAGUUUGUAUUCCACUGGUCGUACUACUGGUGUAGUGCUGGACUCAGGGGAUGGUGUGACUCAUUCUGUGCCUAUUUAUGAAGGAUUUGCUUUACCACAUAGUAUUAUGAGAUCUGAUAUAGCUGGAAGAGACGUUUCCAGAUACUUAAGGUUACUGUUAAGAAAAGAGGGCAUUAUUUUUAAAACCACUGCAGAAUUUGAAUCUGUGAGGACAUUAAAGGAAAAAGCUUGUUAUCUGGCUAACAAUCCAGUAAAAGAAGAAUCUGUGGAGACAGAAUUAAUCAACUAUACUCUUCCAGAUGGUAGUGUUAUCAAAGUGGGCCCUGCCAGGUUUAGAGCCCCUGAAAUUUUAUUUAAGCCUGAUUUAAUCGGGGAGGAGUUUGAGGGAUUGCAUGAAGUACUAAUGGAUUCUAUUUUAAAAUCAGAUUUGGAUCUUAGGAAAGUUUUGUUCAAAAAUAUUGUGUUAUCUGGAGGUUCCACAUUAUUUAAAGGUUUUGGCGAUCGUUUAUUAUCGGAAAUAAAAAAAUUAUCCCCUAAAGAUGUUCAAAUUAAGAUAUCUGCUCCUCAGGAAAGAUUGUAUUCAACAUGGAUUGGUGGGUCUAUUUUAGCAUCAUUAGACACAUUUAAAAAAAUGUGGGUCUCAAAAAGAGAAUUUGAUGAAGAAGGACAAAGAGCAAUUCAUAGAAAAACGUUUUAAUUUAAGAUAUUUUUAACCUCAUAUGUGAUUCUUUGUUUUUGCAGCAUUGUAAUCUAUUUAUUAAAAGUCAAUGUUUUUAAUCUUAUUUUAUUAAUUUUAUAUUUAUUUUAUAUGGAGUUUUUGUUGUAAAACCCUAGUUUUGCCUAUGAGUUAUUAGUAAAUUUAUUAUUAAGCUUAUUAAUGUAUUUUUACAAUUUUUUUAUAUAGAAUAUAACUUAUUUAUAAGAGCA